AUGGGAUUCGGUGAUCUGAAGUCAAGAUCAGGCUUAGAAGCCUUGAAUAAAUACCUCGAGGAUAAAAGCUAUAUCGAGGGGUGAGUACUUUUAAUUCAUAUGCGUUUGUGUGUCCGGAAAAUGCCAAAAAUAAAAGUAACUAGUGUUUUAACCUAUCCACGUGCAUGACUCUAGAUUUUAAACCCCGUAUAAUCUUUUGAGAUGAGUAUCUUGACAGAUCACCAACGUUUAAGUGUAACUGAUUACAUAAUAUUCUUCUUACGAGUGAAUCAAUGAGUGAUACCAACAACCACGUACAGAUUUCUUUGAUUAUUCGUGUUUAAGUCGUUUUGCUUAGAAAUUUUUAAAUUAUAUAUAAUUUUUCCUUAUGAGGAGUCAGGCAGUUCUACCGAUCAGCAAAUAUGAAGUUUUCAUCAAGAAAAUUUCAUGUCAACUCAUUUUACGUCGUAAAUCGAAUGUGAUGUAUAUUGGCUGCUGUUAGUAUAAUUUCGUACAUAAUGUACAAAAGUGUAGCAACUAUGAAUUUUUAUGGCUUCAACUAAUGGGUCCAUAACUUUGGCAAAAACGCUAAAGCGGCCUGUUAAACUUAGUGAAGAUAUAGUUGAGUCGCAGUGAUUUUUGGGUUCAGAGGCCAUCACUCUGUUUGCCUGAGCCAAUGAUAAAUUGCUGAUGCUUUUAAGAUUUAUCAACCACACAGAAUGGCACUUGCUAGCAUUUAUGCUCACACUGUCAAUUCCAGUGCGGGAGAGUUAGAUAAUUACUCUGCUGUAAAGCUUACCUUAUGUGUGAAAUAGUGUCAUGGUACUUCUUGAAGUUCAUCUUUUCAAUUACAGUCUUAACAUUAUUGACAAGUGAAAUAUUGCCUUUGCAGCUAUGUUCCUUCUCAAGGCGAUACUGUGGUAUUUCAAGCAUUGUCAGCCUGCCCAUCUGCUGAUCUUCCACAUGCCCUACGCUGGUACAAUCACAUUGCUUCAUUUGGUGUUGAAAAGGCCUCUUUUCCUGGCAGCAAAAAAGAUCUAGGCAGCUAUGGUUCUGCAACAGUCUCAAAUGGUAGUGCUAAAAAAGAUGAUGAUGAGGACGACUUUGAUCUUUUUGGUUCAGAUUCUGAGGUAUGUGAUCCUGAUCUAGAGGUUAAGUCUUUAGGUAUACAGGGAAACCUGUGUUAGGUGAACAUGCACAAGACAAAGCUUCCAUUUAAUAGAGGCAUUGGCUUACUGAGACUUGUGUUUGGGAAAGUACAAGAGAAAAAUUGUGGCCUCCUGUGACCUGUAUCUAUUUGACUUUGAAACAUCUUCCUAAGAAUAUUGUUUAACAUUUAAGAGCUUCUUUAGUUAGUGAACAUUUCCUUUAACCUUUUGAUGUUUGAUUCAGGGUGAUAUUGUAAGGAUUAAAUUAGAUGCUAGUCAUUCUAAGGGGUCAUAGGCUUAAUCCUUUAACUCCCAGGAUCUGAUUGUUAAUUCUCCCCUCUACCUACUACACAUUUCCUUAUAAAUUAGCCAUGAGAACUUGGUAUUGGAUCAAGAUAACAACAUCUACCUGAUUAGUUUGAAUAUUCUCAUUACCUGUUUGCAGGAUAAUGUAAGGAUAUAAGGGGGAGAAGUUUCAUGUUGAUCACUUCUGGGAGUUAAAGAGUGAAACUGUCUCAAAGGGUUCUUUUGUAUUACAAAAACAAUAUUUGUUUGUCAUCACAAAAAUCAUGAUAUUAAGGUUAAGGAAUUGAACAUUUUGGGCUUGAAUUACAGGAAGAAGAUGACGAAGAGACAAGGAAACGAAAAGAGGAAGAGUUAAAGAAAUACCAUGAGAAAAAAUCCAAAAGUAGGUUUAUUUUUAACAGAAAGUUUUCCUUAGCUGGACAAAAACCUUUUUUAUCCCUCAAUAAUCCUUCUGCCCUAGUUAAUUUCCUACUUUAUUAGAUUUAUAAUGCUUUUAGAAUUUGAGUAUUGACACAAGACACUCUGCAGGCUGUGGAGUGCAUCAAUUAGCCACAAAGAAAGAUUGAAAAUAAACAAACAAAGAAACUAACUGGUAUGACUUUCAAGCAAUAACUUUCCAAGUUUUCCACAAUCCAUUCAAAUCCUGUUUAUUUUCAACUAUCCAGUCUACUCACCAUUUUUGUAAAAUCUUGAUACCUUUUUUUUUUUUUUGCUUAGAAAAACCUGUUAUAGCCAAAUCGAGUAUUAUUCUGGAUGUAAAACCCUGGGAUGACGAGACAGGUAUUAAUGUUACAGGAAUCUUCUACUACUUGUGAUAAUUACCAGCUAUAUUAGAUGUUUAAAUAUGCCCACUUAAAUAUGAUACCUUAGGACUGACAGACUCUUGGGUUGUUUCAAUGGUAACUGAUAACUUAACAGUUGGUGUUGUUGUUGAACAAUUUUGCCUGGCUGGGGAAGAGGGGUUUUAGAGUGAAAGAGUGAGUCCAAGAAUGUGAGUUUUAUCCAAAGAGUAGGCAUUCUACCAAAAAAUAAACAUCCAAAUGGCUCAAAUUAUCAGAAAAUUCACAAUCUUAACUUGGUCAUACCUAUGGAUACAUUCUUGACAUGUUAGACAUGCUUUAAAAGGUCUCAUCAGUUUUCAUAUUCUAUGUUACAUUUACAGGUAAUCUGCUGACAUUUUCUUUUAAAAUACCAAACCUGGCAUGAUGAAAUUUUAUGACCACACUAUAUAACAUUCCUGUGCAAUCUAUACUGGGUGGUUGUUCAAAGCCUUAAUAGUUCCCCCAUCUUACCCCAUUAACAAUUUGUAUUCUAGACAUGAAAGAAUUGGAGAGGCUAGUUCGCUCAGUGGAAGCUGAUGGUCUUCUUUGGGGUGCAUCAAAACUCGUUCCUCUUGCAUACGGAAUCAAGAAGUUACAGAUCAACUGUGUCAUUGAAGAUGACAAAAUCUCAACAGACUUCUUGGAAGAGGAGAUCACCAAAUUUGAAGAUUUUGUCCAAUCUAUGGACAUCGCAGCCUUCAAUAAAAUCUAA